GACAGAUUCCCACUCCCCACACCCAGCGACCGCGGGAGAAGCGGCGCGAGACGCGCCGGGCGUGGGGAGGCGGGGGAGCCGGAGGCGGGGCGAGUGGGCAGUGACGCGCCGGCUCCCAGGCUCGCCGGCCCCGCCCCCGGGAGCCGGCGCCACCGCCCGCGCUCCAACGAAAGGAGCCGGGCCGCGUGCCCGGGGCCGCUCCCCACCCUCUCCCUGCCGGCCGCAGGGCGGGCAGCCAGGCCGGCGGUACCCACGCCGAGCGGGAGGGCGCGGGAGAGCUUCGCGUCGCUCCGCGUCGCUCCGCGUCACCCGCGUCACCUUGCGUCACCCUGCCCCGCCUGCUUCCCAGAGACCCGCGCCCCGCCCCUCCGCGCAGGCGCAGGGCCGCUUUUCGGGUCCGCCCUUUCCCGAGAUUUGAAUUUCCCUCAGCAAAGAUAGAGAGGCAAAUACCCGGAUGGUGAUCGCUGGCCUCUUCGCGCCAAUACUGCAAGUUCUCGCAGCAACCUUGAGAGGGGAAGAGGCACAACCGUCUUCCACUCCCGCCAGCCGGUCAGCGGGACCACUGCCUUUCUCUGGCCUGUGUCCGCCACUCUGGGGCAAGGUCUAGGGCAAGGUCGCAGCAUCUGUGUCAGAAAUCACGGGAACUUGGCCUGCUGAAGAAGCUGGCUCAGCUGGGAGGCCAAGGCACGUUUCAGCAAAGCAGUUUAUCUUUAUUCUGAACGGACAGUGGAGGCCGCCUCGAGGCCUCCCUGGGGCUCCACAUGAAGCCCGAGUCCAGGCAGGCCCUCUUCCAUGUGGCUGUGGUCAGCUGCUUCUGCACAGCCACCGUCUACACAGGUGUGUUCGAUGGCAUCUUCGUCCAGCUGGGCUAUGAAUACUAUGCCGAAGCCCCUGUCACCGGCUUCCCCGCCUUCCUGGCCAUGCCCUUCAACUCACUCAUUAACGUGGCCUACGUUCUGUUGGGGCUAUAUUGGCUGCAGAGGAAGGCCAGGGCCCCGGGGCACCCCAUGGAGGCGCGGAGGGCUCGCUACCUGAAGGAUGUCUUCGCCAGCAUGGCCCUGGUCUAUGGCCCGGUUCAGUGGCUGCGGAUUGCGACGCAGGUGCACCCCGCCGCUGUGCUGGACCAGUGGUUCACCUUGCCCAUCUUCGCGUGGCCAGUCGCCUGGUGUCUCUCCCUAGACAGGGGUUGGGAUCCCUGGUUGUUCCUUGCCAUCGAGGGUCUCUCCCUGGGCAGUUACGGCCUCACCCUGCUACACUCCUGUGGGUUCGAGGUCGCGCUGGGCGCCCACAUCGCAGCUGCCGUGGCCCAGGCCCUGUGCACUCACAGGCGCCACGGCACUGCCUCCUCGGGGACCUACUUGGCUCUGGGCAUGCUCUCCUGUGCGGGCUUUGUGGUCCUCAAGCUGUGCGACCAUCAGCUCGUGCAGUGGCGUCUCUUCCAGCGGCUCACAGGCCACUUCUGGUCCAAAGUCUGUGACGUGCUCCAGUUCCAUUUCGCUUUCUUGUUUCUGACAAACUUGAACACUGGCCAAAGCCCUCCUGAGGGGAAGAUACAUUAAAGUUUGCCCGGAAGAAACUUAAAAAAAGAAGAGGAAGAAAUGGAACGGGCGGCCAGCUCAGUCAGUAGAGCGUUUGACUCUUGAUCUUGGGGUCCUGAGUUCAAGCCCCAUGUGGGGGGCAGAGAUGACUUAAAUAAAUCGAAGAAAACUUAAGGAAAACUAAAGUGUGGAACAAAGCUGCUUGCAGUCACCCUGUCCCUCCCCCCGCUGACCACCCACCUGCAGCUGUCAUCGGUGUGCAAUUUCCUAGGUGUGAUAAGAUAGGAGGGUCACACGGAAGACUGUCCCUUCCCUCGAAGUUAUGGACUUUGAGAUUUAGAGGCGAAAUGUUAUGCGGUCUGAGACUUUCGCAGAGAUAAAGCAGAUGGCUUAGUGCAAGGGAUGGAGGGGGUCAUUGUACUAGUCUUGUAACUCUUCUGUAGUUUGAAAUUUUUUCAGAAUAAAAGGAUGGGGGCGAAUGACGCCAGGAAAUCCAUCACUGUCACGGUGGGAGAGAAGUGGUUACCCACAUGGCAGGCCAGGCAGCGGGCAUGCCAGUGAGUGUCCCCAGGGUCGAGUGGGUUCAGGGAGACCAAGUUACUUCGCACACAGGCUGUGCAGGCUAAUGGGGAAAUCGAAAGCCAAGGUCACGUGGCAGAAGCCCCAUCAUUUCAGGUCCUUUGUGGAACAAGGCAUGGUGUGUCUACAUGAAGGAAACACAAACAUCAAAAGUUGAAUUCUCAACGGAGGGCCCCUGGGUGGCUCAGUCAGUUGGCUGACUUCUGCUUGGAUCAUGAUCCCAGG